AGUUUUGGUUCAAGGUCAGACACAGUUUUCUGUGGCGUCUUUGACGGCCAUGGUCCAUUUGGACAUAUAGUUGCAAGGAGAGUAAGAGAUGCUCUCCCUCUUAAACUGAAUGCUCAAUGUGAAGUGAAACAUGGAGGUGAUGAGUUAAGACAGAAUAGCAUAAGUACAACAGGAAGCCUGACCUCAGAAGGGACCACAUCUAUAUGCUUAGAAGACGAGUUAAGAGCUUCUAAUGAAUUGGAAGAGGAGCAGCUUCCAGAUGUAUUCACUAAACUGAAGGAGUCAUUCUUGAAGGCAUUCCAGGUCAUGGAUAAAGAACUUAAAUUGAAUCCAAAAAUUGACUGCUUUUGCAGUGGGACAACUGCAGUCACCCUUGUGAAGCAGGGUCAAGAUAUUGUAAUUGGAAAUGUUGGAGAUUCAAGAGCUGUCUUGGGUACAAGAGAUCACAAUGACUGCUUGGUUGCAGUUCAGUUGACUGUGGACCUUAAACCAAAUCUUCCUAGUAUGUAAAUCAUUUUCCUGCUUUGUACAUACUUAUU